CUCUUUUCUUCUUCUUCGGAAUUUCAUUCUGGAUAUCCUUUUUGCUCCUGGGUGAUUUUCAAAUACAGUUAAGACUAUGAAGAAAGACUGGCAUUUUGACACAAGUGGGUUGGCUUCAAUCUUGCUAGCCCCCCAAAAGAAGUUCUUUGUGUAUAUGACUCAAGCAAGUAGAAUUACUUCUAGAGUACCAGCUUUACGGGCCAGGAAUUAAAAAGGGUAGAAGAUGGACUAAGUAUUCUGACUAUUGGAACUCCUGAAGGACCAACUCCAAAUAAAUUAUGAAUGUUGAACAAGAUGAGCUUACAUCCACAGCAGAUAAUGAUAGGUCCUAGGUUUAACAGGGCCCUAUUUGACCCCUUGCUUGUAGUGCUACUGGCUCUUCAACUUCUUGUGGUUGCUGGUUUGGUCAGAGCUCAGACUUGCCCUUCUGUCUGUUCCUGUAGCAAUCAGUUUAGCAAAGUAAUUUGUGUGAGAAAGAAUCUGAGAGAGGUCCCUGAUGCUAUAUCUACUAACACUCGGUUAUUGAAUCUCCAUGAGAACCAAAUUCAAAUAAUCAAAGUGAAUAGCUUCAAACACCUGAGGCAUCUAGAAGUCUUGCAACUGAGCAGGAAUCACAUUAGAACAAUUGAAAUUGGGGCCUUCAAUGGUCUGGCUAAUCUCAAUACUCUGGAACUCUUUGACAAUCGUCUUAGCACCAUUCCUAAUGGGGCAUUUGUGUACUUGUCAAAAUUGAAGGAACUUUGGUUGCGAAACAACCCCAUUGAAAGUAUUCCUUCUUAUGCUUUUAAUAGAAUUCCUUCCCUGAGGAGGUUAGAUCUGGGGGAAUUAAAAAGGCUUUCAUAUAUCUCUGAAGGUGCCUUUGAAGGUCUAUCCAAUUUGAGAUAUUUGAACCUUGCUAUGUGCAACCUUCGGGAAAUUCCUAACCUCACACCACUUGUAAAACUGGAUGAGCUAGAUCUUUCUGGGAACCACUUAACUAUUAUCAAGCCAGGAUCUUUUCAAGGAUUAAUGCACCUGCAGAAAUUGUGGCUGAUCCAAUCCCAGAUUCAGGUGAUUGAAAGGAAUGCAUUUGAUAACCUUCAGUCACUAGUAGAGAUCAAUCUGGCCCACAACAAUCUAACACUACUGCCUCAUGACCUCUUCACACCUCUCCGUCUGGAAAGAAUUCACUUGCAUCAUAACCCUUGGAACUGCAAUUGUGACAUCCUAUGGCUCAGCUGGUGGAUUAAAGACAAAGCACCCUCCAACACUGCAUGCUGUGCCCGUUGCAACACACCUCCCAACUUGAAAGGAAGAUACAUUGGUGAGUUGGACCUAAACUACUUCACAUGCUAUGGUCCUGUGAUUGUGGAGCCACCAACAGACCUCAAUGUCACUGAAGGCAUGGCUGCUGAGCUUAAAUGCCGAGCAUCAACAUCCCUGACCUCUAUAUCUUGGAUUACUCCAAAUGGAUCUGUUAUAACACAUGGGGCUUAUAGGGUUCGGAUUUCUGUGCUCAGUGAUGGCACAUUAAACUUUACAAGGGUAACUGCGCAAGACACAGGCUUGUAUACAUGCUUGGUGAGUAACUCUGUGGGGAAUACAACAGCUUCUGCAACUCUUAAUGUAACCGCACAGGAGUGUAUUACUUAUUUUUCAACCAUCACAGUAGAAACUGUGGAACCUUCUCAGGAUGAGGCACGGACCACAGAACAGGUUUGGCCCACACCAGUUAUUGAUUGGGAUACCACUAAUGCGACAACCUCUCUCACACCACAGAGCACAAGGUCAAUGGAAAAAGCAUUCACAAUUCCUGUGACAGAUUUAAGCAACGGGAUCCCAGGAAUAGAUGAGGUUAUGAAGACUACCAAAAUCAUAAUUGGUUGUUUUGUGGCAAUCACUCUUAUGGCUGCUGUGAUGUUAGUCAUUUUUUACAAAAUGAGAAAACAGCAUCACCGGCAAAAUCAUCAUGCUCCAACACGGACUGUAGAAAUCAUUAAUGUGGAUGAUGAACUUACAGGUGAUACACCUAUAGAAAGUCAUUUGCCCAUGCCAGCAAUAGAGCAUGAGCACUUAAACCACUAUAACUCUUAUAAAUCUCCUUUCAACCACACAACAACAGUUAACACAAUAAAUUCCAUACACAGUUCAGUGCAUGAACCAUUAUUGAUCCGAAUGAACUCUAAAGACAAUGUACAAGAGACUCAGAUCUAAACCGUUUACAGAUUUAAGGGGGAAUUUAAAACAAAAAAGACAGUUUAUUAAAAAAAAUGACACAGAUGACUGGGCUAAAUCUACUGUUUCAAAAAAAGUGUCUUUACAAAAAAAGAAAUUUAUUUAUUAAAAAUUCUAUUGUGAGCGAAAGCAGACAAAAUUAUGUGUAUUCCUCAGAACCUCUUUUUGAUGCAUUUAUUUACCCUACUCUACUGAUUUCCCUUUCCUUUCUUCUCUCCUAUACCUUCCCUUCUAUCCCAUUUGCCAUAUUUUUCAUAGAACAACUUGAUUCUCUAAAGAACUGGUCUAGGGAUUUUUGUAAGAAUUCUGUUAAUGCUUUAGGAAUUUUUAUGGUGAAUUCUAGUGGUGAGAUUCGGUCUAUUUUGUCUUUUUUCAUUUCAUUUUCUUUUCAUGCCCUUUUUGAAAUGGUUCAGAAGGGGAAUCGAUGUUAGCAGUAGAUUCACAAGAACAAUCAAGGAACAGAAACAAACAAAACAAAAUAUUUUAUUUUUAUUUUAUUUUUUCACAUUUCUGUAUUUCUUGAAGGGACAAUUCUGUGGAAGGGUGAAAAAAAUCCAAGAAAUUAAUUUUCAUGUGAGCAUCUAUAAAACCCAUGAUCU